CUGUCUGUGUACACACACACAGCGCAAGCACCGGCCUCUACUCGUCUCCUGCGCGGUUUCUUCUCCUUUUCGUUGCCAGUUAAAGUCCACACCGGCUAGCGAGCGAGCGUCCAGCACCAAGGAGACGGGGGAGUUAUCGCGUUAUUUUCCACGAUGCAGUCUCAAGAUCCCAUGGACAGCAUCCGGUCUGCGAUGGAGCACGCAGACAAGAACCCCUCCAAGGUCGUCUCCUACUCGUGGUAUCUUGUGCUGAUUUUCGCAGCCGUUGACGUCUUGGUGGCGUUGAUCAACGCUAGCACGAACGACUCCUCCGCGAAUGGCUCGCACGCGGCGUCUUUCGCGUCCGUGUGGACGCUGUUCAUGGUGCUUGGGGUGUCCGUGGCGGGGACAGUCAUCCUCAAGAAGUACCACACCCCGUUGGCCGUGGGGACGCUGCUGGGCAUGACGACCAUGAUGUCUCAGUUCAUGUUUGUGCUGUUCGCGGUGUUCCUCGCCCUCGCCGAGUACGCGGACGAGCCCGGCUUGGCAACGGGAGACCGUACCAUGGCGGUGUUCUCUUUCUUCCUCUUCCUCCUCUACGGCGUCUUUUCGUUCGUGCUGGGCCGUUACCGCACGACGGUGAUGAACACCCCUGGAACCGCCUCGAGCAACGAUGACGGCGAGUGGCAGGACGAGCCCGGCACUGACAGCAUGGCCCCGGGGACCCCGGUCUAAAGUCAUCCCACAACAAUCCUGCCGCCAACAACGGUAGCGACAACCACAGCAAGGGAUUAGCACAGGAG